AUGAGUGUUGAGAACCUCUGUGGUAAGGAGCUGCCUCAAGAGAAGGCAUCUGAGUCGAGCGUUGCACCAUUCGCUGAGGGGCUCGCUAGACUACGUCGCUUCGGCGGCGAUGAGGAUGCGACGCCACCUGCCGAAGAUAUCGACAUGGGCCAUAAGCGAGGCCGAAGCCCUGAGCCAAGGAGCGAAGCCGACGGACCGAAGCGCCGCAAGAAGCGAAACCGAUGGGGUGAUGCCUCAGAGAACAAAGCCGCCGGCCUAAUGGGCCUCCCCACUGCCAUCAUGGCAAACAUGACGAGCGAGCAACUUGAGGCAUAUACACUUCAUUUGCGAAUCGAAGAGAUCAGCCAAAAGCUUCGCAUCGACGAUGUCGUUCCUGCUGACGGUGACAGGUCCCCUUCGCCCGCGCCUCAGUACGACAACCAAGGUCGUCGUAUCAACACGAGGGAAUACAGAUACCGCAAGCGCCUGGAAGAUGAGCGACACAAGCUCAUCGAGAAGGCGAUGAAGACGAUUCCUAACUACCACCCGCCCCAGGACUAUCGCAGACCGACCAAGACCCAAGAAAAGGUCUACGUGCCUGUCAACGAUUAUCCCGAGAUUAACUUUAGUAUGAUUGCUAACCCUCUAACCCUCGUGACUAACCUGCCCCACCCUACCCUCUCGUCCCCCUCCCUCUCCUUUUGCUUUCCGUACCUUCUUUUCUCCCCCAAAGUUGGACUACUCAUCGGCCCUCGUGGCAACACACUCAAGAAGAUGGAACAAGAUUCAGGUGCCAAGAUUGCCAUCCGAGGUAAAGGCUCGGUCAAGGAAGGCAAGGGCAGGUCCGACGCCGCGCACUCCAGCAACCAGGAGGAGGAUCUCCACUGUCUUGUCAUGGCGGACACGGAGGAGAAGAUUAACAAGGCCAAGAAGUUGAUCCACAACGUCAUCGAAACGGCCGCGUCUAUUCCUGAGGGUCAAAACGAGCUCAAGCGGAACCAACUACGUGAGCUUGCUGCUCUUAACGGUACACUCCGUGAUGACGAGAACCAGGCAUGCCAGAACUGCGGUCGCAUUGGUCAUCGCAAGUACGAUUGCCCGGACAAGCCCAACUACACGGCCAGCAUUAUCUGCCGUGUCUGCGGUAACGCUGGACACAUGGCCCGCGAUUGUCCUGACAGACAAAAGGGUGCCAGCUGGCGCAAUGAUAAUGGCCAAGGUCGUGGUGGCAACGGCGGUGGCCGCGGUGGCGACGCCGUUGACCGCGAGUACGAGGCUGGCCCUGGCUCGAGCAACGGUGGCCCAUCAGAUAAUGCCAAGCCAUGGCAACGGGGACCUCCGGCCAGCGGCGGGCCGACUGGUGGCCCUGCUCCUUGGCGCACACGGCGCGACAAUAACGACUUUGGAGACGGUGGUGGUGGCGGUGGUGGCGGCGGCGGCGGUGGUGGUGGUGGUGCCGCUCCCUGGGCCCGUGACCGUGAGCGGGAUAGGGACCGAGGCGACCGUGGCGAUCAUCGUGGUGACUACCGCGGUGAUCGCGGGGAUCGUGGUGACCGCGGUGACCGGGAUCGAGGCCGCCGUGACGACUACAACAACGGUGGUGGUUACGGCGGCUACGGUGGCCGCGGCGGUGGCGACCAGUACUCUGGCCAUGGCAACGCCUACGGCCAGAGUGCCGCUGCCCCCGGCGCCGCCCCUUGGCAACAGGCUCCUGGAACGGCCCACGGUGGUUACAGCGGUUAUCCUGGCUACGGUGGCUAUGGCGCACCUCCAGGAAUGCCUGGCGCACCUCCCGGGCUGCCCCCGCCUCCUCCCCCGGUGGCCCCCGUCUGGCAUCAAUGCUCUUAUUCAAGAGUACUCUGGAGGAGUCCCCCUCCACCCUCCGCCAUCUGGUGA